AUGGGUCUGCCACAGCAACCAGUACAACCAGCAGGUGACGCGCCAUCAAGCAGCAGCGUUCCGACACAGGCGGGCGACCUGCCACCUGCAGCGCUCGAACUAGCAGGCAAACUAUUCGACUUUGCACGACAAGGCAAGACGGAGGAAUUGGCACAAUAUGGCGACACACUGCUCAUGCUAGCGGCCUACCAUGGCUACGCGGAGACAACAAGGAUGCUGCUGGACAAGGGUGCAGAUCCGAAUGUGUUGAACGACAGAGGUCAAAGUCCCAUCGCUGGCGCAGUGUUCAAGGGCUCGGACGAUGUGGUCAAGCUAUUGUUUGAGCGCAAGGCAGAUGUGUAUGCAGGACAGCCCAACGCCGUGGACAGUGCACACAUGUUUAGGAAGGAGGACUAUCUCACACUAUUCGGUGUGGAACAGCAAUGA